AUGGUGGUCGUGGUGCCCUUUUCAGAGCAGCAAGUGCUGGCCAGGCAGUGCCCGAGUGCUCUGUGGGGUAACGGGGGAAACAGCAAUGAUGUCCCAAGUUUAACUGGUCUUAUAAAGCCCAGGCAGGAAAGAAGAAAAAAGAACUGGUUUAAGAGUAUAAGAGAGCAGCUUCCGCUUGCGGAUGAUGACAGUGAGAACGGCAGUGACAAUGAAGAUGAACAGCCUCAAGUGGUAACACUGAAAAAAGGGGACUUGACUGCAGAAGAAGCGAUGAAAAUUAAACAAGAAAUCAAAGAAGCCUUAAAAUCAAAUGAAUCAGAUGGUGAACCAGUACCUGCUGAUGGAAAAAUUAUGUUCAGGAAACCAGCCAAACGUUCAUCAGAAAAGCUUUUGGACUUCAAUGUAAGUUCAAGUAAGAAGAUGAAAGAGGCAAAGAAAACUAAGAGAGAAGCAACUACUCCUCAGAGUGCAGCUAAGCAAGUAAAAAAUAGCAGUCUUCUCUCAUUUGAUGAUGAGGAAAAUGAUGAUUAG